UUCUUAUUGUUGUGCUUUGGGUUGGAACGACUAUGUCGUAGAACACUUGGGUUUCAAAACACGGCCUGGCGUGUCAGUGGUUCACACAUAUCCAAUGUCAGACUUCGGCUAUGUAGUUCAUGUCUUCCAAUAGUUUUUAACUAUGUGUAAUAAAUAUUUAAACUAGUUCACGGACCUAUACAGUAAACAAUGUUGUAAAAUGAGUUUUGUGACUAAACUCUGUGGUUUCCUCUUCCUUGUCUACUUGCUACAAUGGCAGGAAGUGUACGCAGAUAUGAUAUGCCCAGCAAUGAUAGCAAAUACAAAUUACAUAGCUGUAGCCGAAUGGUACAGUUCUGCUCGUUCGAAAAACAACCUGCUCAGAGCUGAACUGUACAUUCAACAAACUUUUGGGGCGAAUUGCUUUGUAUCAAACUUGACCUGUGACCUACAGGAUGAUUUUAAACAGUUUGCAAAGCUCAUCAAUAUAACUAUUUCUGAGUUAGGGCAACAUGGAGGAUAUCAAAUUAUUGUCUCAGUCUUAGGCAUUCCUUACCAGGGCCUAACUGGAAACUUUACCCUAAUCUGGCAGCUACAAUAUGGUUCAUAUGUGGAAAAUUGCUCAUUGAACUUUGGAGCAACUGUUAAUGAAUGUAACAACUCUAAAAACCCAUGCUACAAUGGAGGCACAUGUAAAGAUUUGGAGGUCGGAUAUAACUGUACAUGCACGUCUGGAUACUAUGGCUAUGUAUGUGAUCAUGGCACUGAAAAACUGUGUACAGUUUCAUCCUCUUUGAUAGUUUUGUCAACUGUCAAAAAGUCUUCAGAUCUUAUUUUAUCCUGUCAAAAUCUUAAUUUGAGCUUAAAUACUUCUGGUCAGGGGAUUCCGUUUCUUGGAGAUCUUUUGGCAGCGGAUAUUAGAGCUUUAAACAAAACAACUAUCUAUAUGAAUAUCACAUUGGCAACGUAUAGGCCUGGAGUCCACAAUUAUCUAGCUGUGUGGAAUGUAAUUGAAGGACUCUACCAUGAACUGCUGACCUUUUUUAUUUAUAAUCCACCAAACUUUCCCUAUCAUUUUGUUGAUACAAAAAUAUUGGAGAAUAUAACAAUAGGAACAGAUAUUUUAAAUAUGACAGCUUCUACUGAUAAUUCACCAUCGACACUGAAUUACUCCGUAACUGAUUCUGACAAAGAAACCACACUGGCUUACUACUUUGGCAUUGAUGGAAAUGGUACACUUCAAGUUCGUCGGCCAAUACCUAAAAAUGUACUGCCCGUUUUCAAUAUAACAUUACAGGUAACGGACACGUUGACCCAACAAGUCGACUCUUCAAUAGUUCAAGUAUCUAUUGAAGACAUUAAUGAACCGCCUCAAUGUACGGCACUGAAAGUUCCAUCCAUCUACAUGUCAGUUUCAAAUGCAACUUUAGACCUUCUUAACUGUACAGAUCCUGACAGAACAGAACAAUGGAUGGAGUUAAAAUUUACUGUCAAAGCUGCUCCCCCAUCUAUCACAGUCACAGUAAAUGGAAAUGGAACUGUCACAAUUGUAAAUAGAGUGCCCAAUAACAUAACAAGUUUCUACUUAAACAUCACAGUCCAAAAUAUUGAAUUUCAACAGUAUUUUAACUUUAUUGUGCCAGUCAUCAAUGAUUAUCCCUACUGUAACAUAUCUAAAACUGUCUUGUUAUUAUCUCGAACGAAUCUUAGUGACCACCUCCAUGUAACAUGUGAUACCAUAGAUCCAGGCAAUGUUCACAAUAUGACUUUCACUGGAGCUGAUGGGACGCCAACUCUAAUAAGUGUUCUUGAUUUCAGCAUAUCACAAAAAGAUAUCUCUACAAUGAGUUUUAACAUUUCUUUAUCCAAUUAUCUUCCCAAUACAUACAAUGUGACACUCAAUGUAAUUGUAAAUGGAUUUCUAAGGACAGAACAAAUAACAGUUUAUGUUUACAAUCCACCAGCAUUUACUUUUCAUUUCUACUACAUAACUGUAUAUCAGAAUGUUAGUGUGGGCUCUAAUAUUUCUUUUCUACAAGCUACAACAGAAAGCUUGGCACCCUUGGUUUAUUCUUUCACACAAAAUUCAAUGGACAGUGAUGGAAGUUAUUUGACUAUUGACAGUUUAACUGGUAUUGUGAGUGUAAUUCAACCAAUACCUAACAACUUGGUGUCAUUCAAUCUGACAAUCCAGGUAAAAGACACCCUAACCAAUCAAUCUGAUACUGCUAUCCUCCAAGUGACUAUUCUAGACACCAAUGAGCCACCUGUCUGCACUGUAGCAUCUAGUGUUAAGUCUGUCUACAUUUCAUCUUCUAAUGUUAUAUUAGGUUUCAUCAAUUGCACUGAUCCUGACAGAGAUAUUAAUUUUACAACAUUAAACUACACUGUCACAGCAGAACCAUCCACUGUGUCAGUUACCAUUGACCAGUCUGGACAUGUGAACUUGACUGAUCAAGUCCCUCAGAGUGUAACUUCCUUUAACAUUACAGUUAAGGUUCAAGAUUUUAGUUAUACAAUCUUUUCUAUCUUCAGUGUAGCAGUAGUCAAUGUGUCCAGCUGUAAAUUUUCUCCUGCUGCAUUAGCAUUAUGGGAGACUUCUACUACUAGACAGAUUGAAGUGAUAUGUGAACCCAGUGAUUCAAGCCAAUUUCAGAAGCUGAUAGUAUCUGAAAUUCAAAUUAGACCUGUCAAUAUAUUUUCCUUCAGCAUUGCAUUGAACAACAAAUCAAUAAAUGUUACAUUGUUGAGAUAUAACGCCUCUAUCUACACAAUGACAGUUAACUUAAGUGUGAAUAGUCUUCCAGUUACAAAUGAGAUAACAAUAUAUGUCUUCAACCCACCAAAGUUUUCAUCCCAGUAUGUACCCUUGACAGUAUCCCAGAAUGUCACUGCUGGAGAAAGGAUAUGGAAUGCAUCUAUUAUUACAGAUCAAGUGCUAUCAGCAUUGAAGUUUUACUUGAAUAGUAGUGCUUUAGGGAUCAAUCCAAGUAGCUACUUCACUGUAGAUAGUGAAGGUAAUCUACAGGCUGCUCAACCUUUCCCAAACAGUUUAGUGUCAACAUUCAAUCUCACAUUGCAGGUGAUAGACACACAGACAAAUCAAUCUGAUGUUUCCAUUAUUCAAGUAACUGUUGUGGACAUUAAUGAGCCCCCAGACUGCACUUUGAACUAUGUACCAUCUUUCAAUAUGUCAUCUUUAUCUAGCAAUUCAAAUACAAGUAUUGCCAUAAUAAAUUGCACUGACCCUGACAUUAAUGAUAAUUUCAAAAGAUUAAACUACAGUGUUCAAACAGUACCAAGUUCUGUUCAAGUGACCAUUGAUGUGAAUGGAUAUGUUAGACUAGCCAAUAAUAUGCCUAAUAAUAUAACUAGCUUUCAAGUGUUUGUCACAGUCAGAGACAUAGAGUUUGAAAAACAUUUUGAGUUCAAGAUUAAUGUUACAAAUGAUUUUCCCCCCUUCUGUAUGUCAUCAAAAAAUGUCAUAGUCUUGUGGGAGACACAUAGAAGUGAGAGUAUUAAUGUGACAUGUGACAUCUCUAAUCCAGCCACUAUGUACAACUUGAGUUACCAGUCAUACAUAGAUUGUCCAGAUAUUCUCAGUCCUUUUAUUACCAAGACAAGUUUGAAUGUUCUAGUGGCAAAUAUUUCUUUAUUAACAUACCGAGCUUCAAAGUGUAAUAUUACAUUUCAGAUUUCAAACUCCCUUAUUGUAACUGGGAAAUCAACUGUUCAAAAUGUAACAGUUCUUGUUUACAAUCCACCAAAGUUUACAAAUGCUAUAGUUCACAUCCUUCAAAAUAUUUCCAGAGAUUCAUAUAUACUAAAUGUGUCAGCAACUUCUGAUAGUCUUCAGCCACUGCAGUACUCUCUUGUGAAUUCUACAGCUAAUGGUCUUGAGGCAGAUGUAUAUUUUACAAUAAAUCAAAGAGGAAUAAUUCUAUCUGUUUCUGACAUACCAAAUUCACUCGUUGGAUCUUUAAAUCUCACUAUUAAGGCCACAGACACUUUGACUAAUCUGAGUAGCCUAGCACUGUUCACUGUUGUUAUAGAAGAUGUCAAUGAACCUCCAAAUUGUGCUAUAGUUAAUAUAAAGCCCAUCAACUCAUCAACACCAUCAAAGUCCAAUUUGUCACAAGUCUCAUGCCAUGAUAGUGAUGUAACACCUGCCUUCACAAGGUUGACAUACAAAGUAAAGGCAGAGCCAGAUCUAGUGAAUAUUACAGAGAAUGGUGAUAUUUACUUGCUUAAUACAAUCCCUGCCAGUGUGAAAACCAUCAAUAUCACAGUCAAUAUCAGUGAUAUCUCUACAGUGGUCCUAGUUAACUACAUUCAUGUCAUCACUGAUUACAGCUGUGAAGAGAAGCGAGAACAAGGUGUUACAUUUAAUUACACUCUAGCUGGUUCCAACUUUACUGCUGCUUGUCCAGUAAACUAUGAAGGUUAUAUUCUACGAUUUUGCAAUGAAAACAAGACAUGGGAAGAUUUCAGCUUUAUUCAUUGUGUACGGCAAAGCUUAAAAACUAUCACAAAUAAGACAAAAGAGAUAGUUGCUAAUCAAGAAAGCUUUACAACAGAAGAAAUCAAGCAACAAAUUCUUGAUAUAGUUAUUGAUCUGAACAGUACCUUUACAAAUCAAGUUCCUGAGUUAUCUGGAGACAUCAAGCAAACAGUCAAUGUUCUUCAGGAUAUCAGCACACUUGUGGAGAAGAGCAACGUGACUGUUUCUGAUGACAUUUUACAUAAAAUAGCUACCAUAUCAAAUACUCUUCUAUCAGCAUACCAAGAUAUUUGGACUGACUUACUCAACCAGUAUCAAACAACAGGAUCAGCUAUUAUUUAUUUGGUGGAUUUUUUCUCAAACAAUAGUUUAUCUACCAUAACAAAUGAUUCUUUGAUUUUGACAAGUACUUUAGAUAUUGUGAGAGCCAUCAGUGUAGAUGACAUAGUUUUUCCAAAACCAAAUGAUCCAGCUAAUUCAAAUGACUUGACAACCAAAUUAUUUUUAUCAAAGGAGGCUUUUUCAGGUGCUGGUGAAAUAAAAUAUGCUGUUGUUCAUUACAAAGAUGUUGUUGACAAAUUUCAAAUCAAUAAAACUCUACAGAAUCUAUUUAAUGAAACUGCUUUUCUAAAUUUAGCAUCAACUAUCAUAACAUUUUCUGUGCUAAGAACUGAAACCAUUAAAAAAGAUCUCAAGCUCUCAUUUCAAGUUAAAAAUAUCUCAACAAAUUUAAAAGCAAAUUGUGGAUUUUUAAAUACAGCAUUUAGUACAUUCAAUGAGCUAGGUCUGUGGUCUUCAUAUGGGUGCACUUUGGAGAGUAGUAUCAACAAUACAUUUGAUUGUUCCUGUAAUCACUUGACAAAUUUUGCAAUUUUAAUGAGCCCUUUUGAAUUAGAGCCAGAAAGCAGCCUGGCAUUGAGUAUUAUUUCAACCAUAGGCUGCGGUAUUUCAAUAUUUUGUCUGGUAGUAACAAUUAUUGUCUAUUUGGUUGUGUGGAAGCAUGUAAAAGGUGAUCGUUCCUUGCUACAUCUAAAUCUGUGUGUGUGUCUUAUCAUUUGUUACAUUUUGUUUUUGGCUGGAGUGGACAGAAAAGAAGAUGAGGUUGGAUGUAAAGUCGUGGCUGCCUUAAUGCAUUUUUUCUAUCUGGCUGUAUUCCUGACAAUGUUUGCUGAAGGCAUUCAGAUCUGCAAGGCUGUUGUUUUUGUUUUUAAAAAGGAAUCAAUUAUACACAUUUUAUUUCCUUUUAUUUAUGGUAUUCCACUUGUAAUUGUUGCCAUUUCUCUAGGGGCAACUAAAACAGAAGGAUAUAUUUCUGAUAAUUAUUGCUGGCUGUCUGUACAUAAAGGUCUCAUUUGGGCUUUUGUUGGGCCUGUAUUGUUUGUUUUAUUAUUUAAUUUUAUUAUUUUGAUCAUUACAUUACGGGUGAUGCAAAGUACAGCAGUUCAUCGACUGAAGUCAAAGUCUGAAAAGCUAAAAUCUGUAGUUAGAACUAUAUAUAUGUUAUCACCUAUCUUAGGUCUGACCUGGAUAUUUGGUGUCCUCUCAGUCAACAGUGACCUAGUAGUCUUCCAAUACUUGUUUGCAAUUUGUAAUUCUUUGCAGGGCCUCUUUGUAUUUGUAUGCUACUGUGUCCUAUCUCAUCAGAUACGUGAAGGCAUUAGUAAUAUGAGAAAACACGGUCAUUCAAAGUCUUUUGACUCGGGAGUUCGAGGCACAGAUUCAUCUGCAAAAAAUGACUCAGAAACAAAAACUUUACGUCUUGGCAGCUCCAGUUCGCAGGAGGAAGAGAUGAAUGUGCUUUCUAUCCCACCCAUCAGAAAAAAUCUGGCCUUCACUAACAUUAGAUAUGGGGCCAACGAAUAAUAUUAUUCAUAUUAGAAAUGUUUACUUUUAUAAGAGGCCCAAAAUGUUUCAAUUUAGCUUGCCAUUUAUUUUCUUUGCACAAUCAUUUUAACUUUGUCUUUAUAUGACCAGCCUUGCCUUUGUAACAUCACUUUUAAAUUGACAUUGUGUCAUCUUUAGUUUGUCACUAUAACAUAACUUUUAAAUUGACAUUGUGUCAUCUUUAGUUUGUCACUGUAACAUCACUUUUAAAUUGACAUUGUGUCAUCUUUAGUUUGUCACUAUAACAUAACUUUUAAAUUGACAUUGUGUCAUCUUUAGUUUGUCACUGUAACAUCACUUUUAAAUUGACAUUGUGUCAUCUUUAGUUUGUCACUAUAACAUAACUUUUAAAUUGACAUUGUGUCAUCUUUAGUUUGUCACUAUAACAUAACUUUUAAAUUGACAUUGUGUCAUCUUUAGUUUGUCACUGUAACAUCACUUUUAAAUUGACAUUGUGUCAUCUUUAGUUUGUCACUAUAACAUAACUUUUAAAUUGACAUUGUGUCAUCUUUAGUUUGUCACUAUAACAUAACUUUUAAAUUGACAUUGUGUCAUCUUUAGUUUGUCACUAUAACAUAACUUUUAAAUUGACAUUGUGUCAUCUUUAGUUUGUCACUGUAACAUCACUUUUAAAUUGACAUUGUGUCAUCUUUAGUUUGUCACUGUAACAUCGCUUUUAAAUUGACAUUGUGUCAUCUUUAGUUUGUCACUGUAACAUCGCUUUUAAAUUGACAUUGUGUCAUCUUAGUUUGUCACUGUAAUAUCACAUUUGACUUUCCAUUUUACCACAUCUUAGACUUGCCACUGCAUCAUCAUCUUUUCUCUGGCUCUUGUUUAUUGUUAUAAUUAAUAUUUGCAAAGAUUUCUAAUCACAUUAAAACAUACUCACAUUAUAUUAAAUGUUUAUGAUAAGGGACUAAUAUUCUCAUAACUUCUGUAAUAUAUACACUGUAGCUGUGAGUACUCAUUGUCAAAAUGUAUUCUGUAAUUUAAAACUUGAUAGCAUUUCUUUUUUUUUACUCUGUCAUCUGAACAAUCAUUGCCAUAUAAGCAUGUUGUUUAUUGAACAUAAUAUGAUUUGACUAAAUAUCCUUGAAAUGUUUUAUUGCAUCACAACUGUCUUCUAUGCAAGUCAUAAAUCAUUCUUUGUUGAUGUUUUUAUUCUGCCUUGCUUAGGAGAAACAUUUACUUUAUUUAAAAGCUUUAAUUGACACUUGACAGAAUUGCCUUAUUGCCUUGAUUUUUUUGUUUUUGGUACAUUUAAAUGGAUUUGAUAUUGCUAUCAUUUUUAUAGAAUGUUAAAUUCAUUAAGCAUGUUUAAAUCUUAUUUUUAAAUAGUAUAUCUUUUCAGCAGGCAUGUAUCACAGCCCAAAAAAUGUUUAUCAAGAAAGACAUGAGCUAUAGUAUCACUUUAAUAAAACAACCUCUAAUUGUUAGGUCAUGGACAUUGUGAUUCAUGUAUAUAUGAUUGUUUAUUUUAAAUCAGGAGCAUGUUUAUUUAAAGUGAGGAACACUCUGCAAGUACAUUUUUUUUUACUUUAAAAUCUUCAGUGAUCCAAGUACAAGUAUCUUAUUCCUAUUUCUUUGUCUUCUUAGUGGCAAUACAUUUAGUGCAGAAAUAGAAACAGCCAUUUACAAAAUUUGCUCUAUAUGCAAGUAACUUACUUAAUUGUUUUUCAAAAAUAAAUUACUAGAAUGAUUUUUUUGAAAGGUGCAAUAAAAGAGUGCAUUUAAGUUUCUCUUGUAUAAGACUUUUAAGAGGCAGACUAACUUAUUGGUUCACUUUAGUUUACAUAGAUUGAACAUUUAAUGGAAGUAAUUACUUUUAUAGUGAAAAAUAUCAAUAUGUCAGCUAGUCUUUGGUUUGACUAAGACUAAUCUAGUGAGUGUAUAUAAUCUAGUGAAUGUAGGGCAGUAAAAGAAGAAGAAUAUGACAAGGAUUCUCAAAACAUAAGUUGUUUUUAAAGUAUUAUUAUUGGAAACAGUGCCCUAGAAUAGUUAAAUGAACACAAAGCUGUCAAUUAGUUCUUCAGACUUCCAUCCAUGUAAACAGGAAGUGUGAUGUGGGAGAAGGCUGAGUUCAUGUAAAGGAAUGUAACAUUGUCAUUAGUGUGUUGACAGCUUGAAAUCAUCCAUGCAAGGCUGUCCAUUCCAUUCUCUCCCCCCCUUUCCAAACCCUUAAUGUAAAAAGAAAAGUGCUAAAAAUGUAAUAAUUUUAUGAUAAUUAACAGAGCUUCCAUUAUAAGUGCUUUAUGAAUGAAAUGUAUAGAAACUGAUGAUAUCAUUGAGACCGUACAUACAUUGCAGUGAAAAAAAAAGUCUGUUGCUGCUACAACUGAUAUAGAUUUAGAAAUGUAGAAAUGUUUUUAAUCGAAUGUAACAAAAAGUUAUAUUUUAUUGUUGUUCAAUUUUUGUGUUCUAUUCUAUUAUAUUUUUAUUAAAGUAAGAGACUAAACAUUUACAUAAUUUUAAGUGUAAGUCCUGGAAUUCAUCCUCAAAUUUUAGCCAUAUGUAAAUGUGUGCAAUGAAACAUAAAUACAAAAUGUACAUAAUUAUUUAUAUCAAACAUAUGUAAUAAAUAAAUAUUAUUGUA